CUUUGCAGAGGUCAGCUUUGGACUGAACUCUGAACUAUUUGCUGACCCAGGAUAGGGGUGCUGGGGGGUGGGAAGGUCUCCUGCAUCUGCCUUGCUUUUCUUUCUCACUGCAUCCUCAGAGACCAGAAAUGCACAUGAUGAUCCAGCAGCAGCUGAGAGAGCUCCUGCCAGACAGGAAGGUGGACACUUCUGCUGCCCUCGCCCUGCUCGGUGGCUCCGUGGCAGCUCUGGGGGUCUGGAAAUGGCUGGGCAGAAAGAAGGUGCACAAGAAAAUGGAAGAGGCUCGGAGGACCCGGGAUGAGGGGUUGAAGAAAAUGGCAAAGGCUGUCCAGCAGUUCAGGGAGCAGGUCCCUGGUGUCCAGAGAGAGGCCAUUCUGUCCCUGCCCCUGCUGGAACUCACUGGAAGACUCCAGGAAGGGUCUCUGUCCCCCAGGACUGUCCUGUACACCUACUUAGAGAAGGCCCUAGAAGUGACCCAGCAGACAAACUGCUUGCGACACUUCAUCCCAGAGUGUGAGGAGCGGCUCCAGGAAAUAGAACGGCACAAGGAGAAGGGGCUGCUCUACGGCAUCCCUGUCAGCAUCAAGGAUCACAUCGGCCACAAGGGCCACUUGGCAACCUGUGGGCUUGUGCAGUGCCUGGACACUGUGAUGGAGGAGGACAGCGUCCUGGUCAAGGUCCUGAAAAGACAAGGGGCCAUCCCAUUUGCAAUGACCAAUGUGCCACAAUCCCUCUUUAGCUACGAGUGCAGCAACCCCAUCUUUGGCCAGACCUUGAACCCUCUCAACCCCCAGAAGAGCCCUGGGGGCUCCUCGGGAGGGGAGGGGGCUCUGAUCGCAGGGGGAGGCUCCGUCCUGGGCAUCGGCUCCGACAUAGGCGGCAGCAUCCGCCUGCCCUCCAGCUUCUGUGGGCUCUGUGGCCUCAAACCCACGGCUCAGAGACUCAGCCUGUCUGGAGUGACUGGCCCUAUCAAUGGCGUCCUGGCAGUCCCCUGUGCCCUGGGGCCCAUGGCCAGGGAUGUGGACAGCCUGGCCCUGUGCAUGAAGGCGCUGCUCUGCCAGGAGAUGUUCCAGCUGGACCCCACCGUGCCCCCCAUCCCCUUCAAUGAGCAGGUGUACUCCAGCUCCACUCCCCUGCGGGUCGGGUACUAUGACACCGAUGGCUACUUUCCACUGCCCCCCUGCAUGAGGAGGGCAGUGAGGGAAACCAGGUGUGCUCUGCAGGCAGCUGGGCACCAGCUGGUGCUCUUCUCUCCUCCUCGGAUCCCCUAUGUCAUGACUGAACUCUUUUUCAAGACGUUUUUUGCUGAUGGAGGCCGUAGCUGGCUGGAUGUGUUCACAGGAGAUAUUUUAGAUCCAGCCCUGAGACCACAGGUGAAUACCUGCAAGAUCCCGAGGCUGGUGAAGAAGAUGCUGGCUCUGCUUCUUAAACCUCUGUUUCCCCGCCUGGCCGACUACCUGAGUGCCUUGGCUGGAAUGAGGUCAGUGAAGGAGAUGUGGAAUCAUCACCAUCAAAUACAGGAGUACCGCUCCCAGUUCAUCACCCAGUGGAAGGAACUCCAGCUGGACGUUGUGCUCUGCCCUGUCCUGGGCCCUGCCUUCAACACGGGAUACCCCAGGAAACUCCUCACUGCCAUCUCCUCCACGAUGCUGUACAACGUCCUGAACUUCCCUGCCGGGGUUGUUCCCGUCAGCACCGUGACAGAGGCUGAUGAGGAAGAGCUAAAGCUUUACAAAGGAUGCUGUGAUGACCCCUGGGACCGGACACUGAAACAGGCUGUGUCAGGAGCAGUGGGGAUGCCCGUGGCCGUGCAGUGCGUGGCUCUGCCGUGGCAGGAGGAGCUGUGCCUGCGCUUCAUGAAGGAGGUGGAGACCGUCAGCCGUGACAAGAGAGUGCCAUAGCCACCAUGGUCCCCAAGGAGAAGGGACAGUGCUGCACGACUGCCACCAGCAGUGCAGACAUUACACCGAGGAGGGGAGGAGGAAGGAAAUGUCACCUCCUGACCCCUCGCCUUGCUAAUCAACACAGAUCCUAUAAGGAACCAACAUGCCCUGCAGGACUGGCUUAAGACAGGUUCAAACAGUGGUAAAUCUAGGAACUGCACUUCUGGCAAGGAUGGCCAUGGAUGUGGGUUCACCCCUUCACCCCUAUUUCCACCAGUGCUGCCUCCAGUAGAAGCAGGGCAGUGCUGAGAGGAAAGGAUUACAGAAGCUCAAUAGUAUUUUCUUGCUGGCACUGGAAUAACUUCAUAUGGAUGUAAUAUGGGUUGCCCCAUGAGGAAUACACCCAUGUCCAUUACUUCCCAUCACUGUGUUUUGCUCACAUAAAUAAAAAACUAUUAGGCAACUCUUAUCAUAAAUUCCAGUAAUCCUUCACUGGUUAUGAUGAUUCAAUAAACGAAGUUACUACUCAGAAUCAUAAAAA